UUUAGCGGUGGAUUGGUAUACCCUGGUUCUUACCUUUCCGUUCAACAUAGCUUUGCCUUUUCGAUGAGGGGUGCCGAGGCGCCUGAAGAAAUGCCGUGUCUCAGUGCAGAAAGGUGUGGGCGAGAGCUGGUUUCCUCUCGUGCAUUUUUGAAGAGCAUUUGGGGGGCCUCUCCACAGAUGGAUCCCAAAUACAAAUGUCUUUGGAGGUGUGCUUGCUGAACAGAGAGCUGCUGCUUGCUUGAGUUCAACCCCUGGUCCUCUUACCCUUAGACUGCAAGACGGACCUGCAAAGUGAAUUCUGAGGGCUCUUCAGAAAAAUGUCACGCCAGAAGGUCUGAAUCCUAAAACUCCAGACUCCUUUUGUCCAUGAGAUCGAGCUGGAGGAGCCGCUGGAAUCCGAAUGGAUGCCUUAAGCAAGGAGCCAUUGGGAUGUGGGUUUGCAGAAUAACGGCUUGUGUGUGUGUGUGUGUGUACAUAUAUAUAUAUAUUUCUCUAACACAAAACAAAACUGAAGCCCUCUCAGUGGCGAUCUCUCGUGACCGAUGGAUGUAUCAUCUGUUGAACGUACCACACCCUUUGCUGGGGCUGCUUGGUCUGGGAAUGUUGCUUUGGGGCUUUUAACUGGGAGGUGUCGUCAGUGGAUGGGAACCGUUGUUUAACUGUGUUGACACCCUUCCAAAGGUGCUGUGAGUUUCGCUGAAGUGGGGGGCCGACCCGGCCGCGGUCGGAGGUCUCCGCCUGCCGUCAGCAUGAAUCCCGGCCCUGGAAUUCCUUUGCUCAUCUCUCUCAUCAACCUUGUCUCCUUGCUGCUGAUUGGCUGUGCUGCUGAAAGUGCCCCUGAGUUUAUCAAGAAUCCCGUGGACCAGAUUGGGGUCUCUGGAGGGGUGGCAUCUUUUGUGUGCCAAGCUACAGGAGACCCAAAGCCCCAUGUCACCUGGAACAAGAAGGGGAAGAAGGUCAACUCGCAGCGGUUUGAGACAAUUGAAUUUGACGAAGGCGCCGGCGCUGUCCUGAGGAUCCAGCCCCUCCGUACCCCCAGGGAUGAGAAUAUUUACGAAUGUGUCGCCCAGAAUUCUGUUGCGGAGAUCACAGUCAGCGCCAAACUCACUGUCCUGAGAGAGGACCAGUUGCCUCCCGGCUUCCCAAACAUCGACAUGGGCCCUCAACUGAAAGUGGUGGAGCGUACACGGACAGCUACCAUGCUGUGUGCGGCUAGCGGCAACCCAGACCCGGAGAUCACAUGGUUUAAAGAUUUCCUGCCGGUCGACCCCAGCUCUAGCAAUGGACGGAUAAAGCAGCUGAGAUCAGGUGGCCUUCAGAUUGAGAGCAGCGAAGAGACCGAUCAGGGAAAGUAUGAGUGCGUGGCUAGCAACAGCGCUGGGGUGCGCUACUCUUCACCUGCUAACCUAUACGUGAGAGUUCGCCGAGUGGCCCCCCGCUUUUCCAUCCUGCCCAUCAGUCACGAGAUCAUGCCCGGUGGAAAUGUGAACAUCACCUGUGUGGCCGUCGGCUCACCCAUGCCGUAUGUGAAGUGGAUGCAGGGGGCCGAGGACUUGACCCCUGAGGAUGACAUGCCAGUUGGCCGAAAUGUUCUUGAGCUUACGGAUGUGAAGGAUUCCGCCAAUUAUACUUGCGUGGCCAUGUCCAGCCUGGGCGUCAUUGAGGCUGUUGCACAGAUCACAGUGAAAUCGCUCCCCAAGGCUCCAGGGACUCCAGUGGUGACGGAGACCACCGCAACAAGCAUCACAAUUACCUGGGACUCGGGGAAUCCUGACCCCGUGUCGUACUACGUUAUUGAGUACAAAUCGAAGAGCCAGGAUGGACCGUACCAGAUUAAAGAAGACAUCACCACCACACGCUAUAGCAUUGGAGGACUCAGUCCUAACUCCGAGUAUGAGAUUUGGGUGUCGGCUGUGAACACCAUUGGGCAGGGACCCCCCAGCGAAUCUGUGGUGACCCACACUGGGGAGCAGGCACCUGCCAGUGCCCCCCGGAACGUCCAGGGCCGCAUGCUGAGCGCCACAACCAUGAUCAUCCAGUGGGAGGAGCCAGUAGAGCCAAAUGGGCAGAUCCGAGGCUACCGGGUUUACUACACCAUGGAAGCGGACCAGCCUGUCAGCAACUGGCAGAAGCACAACGUGGACGACAGUCUCCUCACGACCGUUAGCAGUCUUCUGGAGGAGAAGACAUACACCGUACGGGUCCUGGCUUUCACUUCCGUAGGAGACGGGCCUCUGUCAGACCCCAUCCAGGUGAAAACACAGCAAGGAGUUCCUGGGCAGCCUAUGAACUUCCGAGCAGAAGCCAAGAGCGAAAGUACUAUUUUGUUGACCUGGAGCCCUCCCCGCCAGGAGAUCAUAGUGAAAUAUGAACUCCUCUACAGAGAUGACCGUGGCAAGGAGUUUGCGAAGACCUUUGACCCUGUGACCUCGUUCACUGUGAAAGACCUGAAACCCAACACAGAGUAUGUCUUCCAGUUGGCCGCUCGCUCAACUUUGGGCCUUGGGGCCUACACCUUGGAGGUCAGGGAGCGCACCCUGCAGUCUAAACCGUCCGCCCCCCCUCAAGACGUAAAAUGCCUCAGCACCAGAUCCACGGCCAUUCUGGUAAGUUGGCGGCCUCCUCCAGCCGAAAGCCAAAACGGCGUCUUGGAUGGAUAUAGCGUCCGCUAUCGAGCCCUGGAUUCAGAGGACACGGAACCUAGAGAGGUGAACAACAUUCCCCCGGCAACCAAUCAAAUCCUCUUGGAAGCACUGGAGAAGUGGACAGAAUACCGCAUCACCGUGGUGGCGCACACAAAGGUGGGGCCAGGCCCUGAAAGCUCACCGGUAGUCGUCCGUACCGACGAAGAUGUGCCAAGUGCCCCACCUCGCAAAGUAGAAGUGGAAGUUCUGAACUCGACCGCCAUCCAAGUAUUCUGGCGCUCACCCAUCCAGAAUCGCCAGCACGGACAGAUACGCGGCUACCAAGUCCACUAUGUGUGCAUGGAGAAUGGAGAGGCCAAGGGGCUGCCCCAAAUUAAUGAUGUGAUGCUGGCUGAUGCUCAGUGGGAAACCGAUGAUACUGCGGAAUACGAAAUGGUCAUCGCUGGGUUGCAGCCAGAGACCACCUACUCUAUCACCGUCGCCGCCUAUACAAUGAAAGGUGAUGGUGCCCGGAGCAAGCCCAAGCAGGUCGUGACCAAGGGGGCAGUCCCAGGAAAGCCCAUCCUGUCUGUCCACCCAACCCAAGAAAACACUCUUCUUGUGAAAUGGGAACCCCCAUUAGAUGCGGAAGGCCAGGUGUUGGGUUACCGCCUGCAGUUUGGCCGCAAAGACAUUGACCCCCUAGCCACACUGGAGUUCGUGGCCCAGGAUGAUAAGUACACCGCCACCAACAUCCACAAGGGUACCACCUACAUUUUCAAGCUGGCCGUGAAAAGCCGGGCUGGCUUCGGGGAGGAAGCAGUGCAGGAGCUGACCAUCCCCGAAGACGUGCCCAAGGGCUACCCCCAAAUCCUCGAGGCAAGCAAUGUCACCUCCAAGUCAGUACAGUUCAACUGGUUGCCCCCCGUCUUGGCCGAGAGGAACGGAAUGAUCGUCAAGUACACCGUGGCCUACCGGGAAGCUGGUUUUUCCGGCAGCCCCCAGGAAAAAGAGCUUUCCCCAUCUCCUGAGAAUUCAUACACGUUGAAUGGGCUCAAGCCAAACACCGCCUAUGACAUUAAAAUCCGAGCCCACACCAGUAAAGGCCCCGGGCCAUACAGCCCGACAAUUCAGUACCGGACAUUCCUCCUGGACCAAGUUCUCCCAAAGAACUUCAAAGUGAAGAUGGUCACCAAGACAUCUGUUCUUUUAGGCUGGGAGUUCCCUGAAAAUUACAACUCUCCUAUUCCAUACAAGAUCCAGUACGAGAACGGCGUCCAGGAGAUCGAAGUGGAUGGACGCAUGAACAAGAAGCUCAUCACCAACCUGAAGCCACAGACGUCCUACCGGUUCUUCCUGACCAACCGGGGAAACAGCAUGGGGGGUCUGCAGCAGAAGGUGGAGGUCUCCACAGCGGCCAACAUGUUGGGCAAGAAGCCAGAUGUGUCCUACCGGCACGACAUAGAUGGCAGCGUGACACUGAUUCUGUCCGAAGCGAAGAGCUCGGAGUCCCUUGUGCAGGCAUAUUACAUUGUGGUAGUCCCACUGAAAAAAUCCAGGAACGGCCAGUUCGUGAACUUGUAUAACAGCCCUGAAGACAUGGACUUGGAAGAGUUGAUACAGGACAUCUCCAGGGUGCAGCGUCGCAGCCUCCGCCAUUCCCGCCAGCUAGAUCUCCGCAAGCCCUACGUCGCCGCUCGUUUAAACUCUCUGCCCCCUUCCUUCAUCCUCGGGGACACGAACCACUAUGACGGCUUUGACAACAAACCCUUGGAAGCUGGGCAGAAAUACGUUGUUUUUAUCUUGGCAGUGCUGCGGGCCUCUGAGGCGACGUAUGCAGCGAGCCCCUUCUCUGACCCCAUCCAGAUAGACAACCCUGACCCACAGCCAAAGAUUGAUGGAGAGGAGGGGCUGAUCUGGGUCAUCGGUCCGGUCUUAGCGGUGGUCUUCAUUAUCUGCAUUGUCAUUGCCAUUCUUCUGUACAAAAACAAGCCAGACAGCAAACGGAAAGACUCUGAGCCGCGCAUCAAGUGCAUGCUGAACAACGCCGAGAUCACCCCUCACCACCCCAAGGAUCCCGUCGAGAUGCGUCGCAUCAACUUCCAGACCCCAGAUUCUGGCCUGAGCAGCCCUCUCAGUGACCCUGAAUUUGAUCUUGAAAGUAUGCUCAACCACCCGCCGAUCCCCAUUUCAGAGCUAGCGGACCACACGGAGCACCUCAAAGCCAAUGACAAUUUGAAGCUUUCACAGGAAUAUGAGUCCAUUGACCCAGGUCAGCAGUUCACUUGGGAACACUCGAACCUGGAGGUGAACAAGCCCAAAAACCGCUAUGCCAACGUGAUCGCCUACGACCAUUCCCGUGUUAUCCUGCUGCCUAUCGAAGGUAUCGUGGGCAGUGACUAUAUUAAUGCCAACUACAUUGAUGGCUACCGGAAGCAGAACGCCUACAUCGCCACACAGGGGCCCCUGCCGGAGACCUUUGGGGACUUCUGGCGGAUGGUGUGGGAGCAGCGCUCAGCCACCGUGGUGAUGAUGACCAAGUUGGAGGAGAAAUCGCGGAUAAAAUGUGACCAGUACUGGCCAGGCCGGGGCACGGAAACAUACGGGAUGAUCCAGGUCACCUUGCUAGACACCAUUGAGCUGGCCACGUUCUGCGUCCGGACAUUCUCCCUUCACAAGAAUGGGUCCAGCGAGAAACGUGAGGUCCGUCAGUUCCAGUUCACAGCCUGGCCAGACCACGGCGUCCCUGAGUAUCCGACCCCGUUCCUGGCCUUCCUGAGAAGAGUGAAAACCUGCAACCCACCAGACGCAGGCCCCAUCGUCGUACACUGCAGCGCCGGAGUGGGCCGAACGGGCUGCUUCAUCGUGAUCGAUGCCAUGCUGGAGAGGAUAAAGCAUGAGAAGACGGUGGACAUUUACGGGCACGUCACACUCAUGAGGUCGCAGCGGAACUACAUGGUGCAGACAGAAGACCAAUACAGCUUCAUCCACGACUCGCUGCUGGAAGCCGUCGCCUGCGGGAACACGGAGGUCCCCGCUCGGAAUCUGUACACCUACAUCCAGAAGCUGGCGCAGAUAGAAGUUGGGGAGCACGUGACGGGCAUGGAACUGGAGUUCAAAAGACUUGCCAACUCGAAAGCUCACACGUCCAGGUUCAUCAGUGCCAACCUCCCAUGCAACAAAUUCAAGAACCGCCUCGUCAACAUCAUGCCAUACGAGACCACGCGGGUUUGCCUUCAGCCCAUCCGAGGAGUGGAGGGCUCCGACUACAUCAACGCCAGCUUCAUUGACGGAUACAGGCAACAGAAAGCAUAUAUUGCCACCCAAGGACCAUUGGCAGAAACCACAGAGGACUUCUGGCGCAUGUUGUGGGAGAACAAUUCGACCAUCGUUGUGAUGUUGACCAAGCUCCGGGAAAUGGGUCGGGAAAAGUGCCAUCAAUACUGGCCAGCAGAGCGGUCCGCGCGGUACCAGUACUUUGUGGUGGACCCCAUGGCGGAGUACAACAUGCCACAGUACAUCCUGCGGGAGUUCAAAGUCACCGAUGCCAGGGAUGGUCAGUCACGGACCGUGCGUCAGUUCCAGUUCACUGACUGGCCAGAGCAAGGUGUGCCAAAAUCCGGCGAAGGGUUUAUCGAUUUCAUCGGACAGGUGCACAAAACUAAGGAGCAGUUUGGACAGGACGGCCCCAUCUCCGUCCACUGCAGCGCCGGAGUGGGCAGGACCGGUGUCUUCAUCACGCUGAGUAUCGUCCUGGAGAGAAUGCGCUACGAGGGGGUUGUAGAUAUCUUCCAGACGGUGAAGAUGCUGCGAACGCAACGGCCUGCCAUGGUGCAGACGGAAGAUGAAUAUCAGUUCUGUUACCAGGCGGCGCUGGAGUACCUGGGCAGUUUUGAUCACUAUGCAACAUAAAAAGAACUUUUAAAAGCCAUCCGUCUUGCGGACUCUCAACCACUUAAAGUCCCGGAAGGCUCCUUCCGAGCCGGAGAGGAGAGCUUUUGACCUUUUUAAAACUACAAACUGGAUCAGAAGAAAGUUCCCUUCCCCCCACCCCCACCCCAGUUUGGUCACAACCGUGGGGAAGGAGCAGCAAAGAAGGAAGGCUUAGCUGAGCAGCAACCACACCGACCUACACGCAUCCCACGCCUCCGGGACCCCCCACCUGUGUUUUUAGGAACCUGGACCGCAAAAGCGUCAGCAGCGGCUCGGAAGAGGAUUUUCUUUUAAGUGGCAAACUCGUUCUUACCUCAUUUGGUGUUUGCGGUGUGGACACGGCGGCGGCAGCGUGUGGACGCAAUGAUCCAGGCGCUUUAAUGGAACUUUGUGGGGGGAAAUAAAUGUGUUAGCCCCACCCACACCUCGGAGAUCGGCAGCCUGUUGGAAGAAGAGCCGAGAGAAGCUGGUGGAGGAGCGUGAAUGGAAAUGAAUUGGAUAUCGUUUUAGAAUUCAGUUUACAUACUAAUCUAGUCAACAGUCUUUAAAGGAAGCCACUUGCAGGUGUGCAGAUGUUAACUGGAAGGUGGGGUGGGGGGAAAGAGAGGGGGAAAGCUAUAACUAAUUUCACACCAACUAAGCCAACCUCAGACUUCUCCGUACAUACACACACACACACACACACACCCUUCUGUAGCUCAUCUUCAUCAUACAACAUUCCUCAUUUCCUUCUGAUGCCAGGAUUGUGAUGUCAAAAAGCAAAGCAGAAACAUGCAAUAAAACUCUCCCAGGGACUGAAACAUAUUUAAAAAUGGGAAUGUACAUCUUCCCUCUUUCCCCAUCCUCUGGCUGCCCCACAAUCCAAACCGCCUCCCACCUUCGCCCUCACCACACACACACACACAUAUUCUGGUAAUUUAUGGUUUAGUACCACAGCUACCUUUGCUCUUUGGAUUAGAAGGGGUGGAACUCUCAAACCAUUAAAAAAAUUAGGGUGAUUGUGGUUAAAGCAAAAAUCCUCUGCCUAUUUUCUGAUUCUCUUUGCACAUUGUCGUUUAACUUUUUGUUUUGCAGCCUGGCAUUUUUGAGGGUGCCCCCCCCCCCAUGCCAAAGAGAGAAAUGGCAAAUUUUUAAAAGGAGGUGGGUUUUGGAAAGUGGGGGGUGGCCAUUGCGACGGGGUCAGGCGUGGGCUUCUCUCAGUAGGGAUGCCUGCAAUGCAGUUUGAACCGGGACAGGCAGCAUUGGUGAGUGGCUUUCUUUAAAAAGGUAUUGAUGUAACUCUAGCAAGUGACAUUUCUUUUUUUCUUUUUCUUUUUUCUUUUUUGGUCUCUCUCUCUCUUUUUUUUAAAUAGUGUAUUUUUUUUUCCUUUAUAAAAAAUGUAAAAAAAUUACAAAAGAAUAUCAGUCGAAUUUACAAAAAAAAAAAUUACUUAUUUGUUCAUAUUAUGUUCAAAGACAGUCUAUUUUUUCACUGUAGAAAUGUUCCGUGUAAUGGCUGUGUGACAUAAGAGAAAUGCCGUGAGGCAAUUGCUACUUUUUUGCAUAUUGCUUUUUUAAAAACCAUUAAAAGUGGGGCGGGGGGGGGAGUUUGCCUACUCAUGUAUGAACAAGAUUUUGCUGCUUUAAAAAAAAAAGACUUAUUUGGUUUUCCUCCCUUUCAAAAAAGGUGUAUCAGAAGUCCUGGGGAAGGGGGUGCAAGGUUGGGGAGCCUGGCCUUGGCCUGGGGCAGUCGUGUUUGUAGGCCUGUUCUUUUGGGGACCAAAAUGGGAGAUUAGACACCAGUGUCUUACAGGAAAUUCUGAACCACAGGUGUAGGCAGACAGACAACAGCAGGAGAACAGCAGGAGAAGUGCAGUGUGGCACACACAGGGUAGCCAGAAAGUCUUGUCGCCUAAGGUUUACAUCCAGGGAUGUGCUGGCUUGCACAACUUGACCACAGCGUCCCACCACCUACGGACAGAAGCCCGCCAAGGGGUUUGAGAACCAGCCUGUUUUUGCUGCUGCCUGCUUGGGACAGCAAAAACAGGCUACCCGGCAGGCUCUGCAACGAUGUCCGAGCUGUGGGUCACCCAGCUGUGCAGGCCUGCACUACACUGUGAAGAUUUGGGUGUGCGGAACAGGUUCAAAUCCCUGCGUGGCCUUAAGAUGACUGGGGUGGGGGGGCCUUGAGCCAGUCACAAUCUCUCAGCCUAACCUACCUCACAGGGUUGUUGUGAGGCUAAAAUGCUACCCCCAAGCUCUUUUGUGGAAAGGUGGGUUGUAUAUGUUAACAGGUGGCUGAGUGCAGUGUGUCUCCUCCCCCGUCCACACAUGCAAAUUAUGUUCUCUGGAUCAACACCUUUGGUUUGAGCUACUCUGAUUUUUAUUUUAUUUUUAAUGGUACUGAACAAGCCAAGAGAUUCUAAAAAGGUACUUAGACGCCCAAGCCCUGGGUUUUAUUCAUAUCACUCCUCAGUUUUACAAUUUACCGGAGGGGUUUGUGCAACUGGUACGAUGGCGGUGAACAGAGAGCGCACGAAACUCCUGGGUGCCUUCGCAGGAGGCACAGCACUAGUAGCAACUUCUUGGCUUGAUCAUCAUUAUUAUUAUUAUUUUUAAAUGGAAUCUUUGAGAUUUCCCUUCCUACUUCUUGCCUAACAUUUAUUUUUUAGAAGGCUGACGAGAAAAAUCUGAACUUGGCAGAGUCUGGGAGGAGGGAGAGGCGGGGUGAGCAACUGGGUGUCCAAACCUUUUUUUUAAAUUGUUUUUCUUAAUUUCCUACUUAAUUUCUUACCUCCCCUCCUUUGUAUAAAAGCAAACGCCCUGUUGCUAUCACACUGUUAUUUCAAAAUGAAACAGUUUAAGUGGUCUCCGUGCCACUCUGUAUGUAGAUAAUAUAUAUUGACUUUGUAUUAAAGGAAGAUUGUCUGAAAAAAA